AUGUCUAUUAAUACAUUAGAAGAAAUUAUAUUUCUAUCAGCACUUCAAAAAUUUACAGUACAUUGUGUUUCUAAUCAAUGUUCAUCGAAAAUCAAAUUAUAUUGUGUAGAUCUUUUGAUUGCUGUUGAAAACCUUCCAAAAAUCUAUAUUGGUCAUAAAAUUCAACUUGCUUUAGCACUUGAAAGUGCUUCUCUAAGAAAUGAAACAAGACUUGUAUUAAAUGAUUAUAUGAAUAUUAUUUCUCAUUUAAUUUAUCUUUCUCGACCAAAUUUAGACUUAGAAGAAGAGAAAAAACGUGAAAAAUGGACAGGAAUUGAUCUUAUAUCAUUAUUAAAUCAAUGUGAAAAUCGUUUUAAAAACCAAUCUUAUUCAUCAACUAUUUGGAUUGAAAUUUUGAAUAAAACAAGCAUGGUGAGUUAUAAUGUAAAUUAUUUUAAAAAUAUUUCAUUUGAUUUUGUUCAACAUGAUACAGAUAUUGAACAAUUAUUUCAAUGGAUUGAUCAAAAUAAAAUUAAAAUAUCUGGUCGAUUUAAUCGAACAUAUGGAAGAAUACCCUUAUUUUGGUGUACACCAUCUUCUUCAAAAUUACAUUCAAAAUAUGGAUCAAUUCGAUUAAUAUUUCCAUUUUCUCUUGUUUAUUCGUCUACUCAACAUCAUCUCUUUAAUUUGGGACAAAGAAAAAAUGGUUUUGAUAUUUGGCAGAAUAUUUUAAUUACAACAAGAAAACAAAUUGCUGGAUAUGGAAAUGAUUUUUUCGAACUUUCAUCAAUACCAUCAAUACCUUUAGAUAUAGCUAUUGAUUUAACUGAUGGGCCAUUGAUACUUUCUGAUGUUCGUAUUACAUUUGUUAAUCAUAUUCAUCGAUGUAUACCUAUAUUACCUGAUAAAUUAACACCACAACAUUCUUGUUACAAUACAUCUCAUUCUGCUAUGGAGAAUUUUCUUCGUCAUCUUCGUAAAAAUGAACAAUCUACAUUGGAUCAAUUAAAACAUCUUUUUGAUUUACAAAUCUUCGAAAAAUUAAAACAAAUCAACAAUAUUUUAUCUUAA